AUGCAGUUGAUUUCGGUUUUUGCUAUUCUCGUACUCGCUUCUAGCUGUACAUUGGCUCUCGAUGUUACUCUUAAUCAACAUUGGAAAUUAUGGAAAGAAGCUAACAAUAAACGUUACUCCGAUGCUGAAGAACAUUUUCGUCGAGCUACAUGGGAAAGUAAUUUAAAGAAUGUGCAAGAACACAAUCUUCAAGCUGAUCUUGGCGUUCAUACAUAUUGGCUCGGAAUGAACAAAUUUGCUGAUUUGACUGUUACUGAAUUUGCCAAAAUGAUGAAGAAUUACAAUAUCGAAAUACGUAGUCAACAUAAUAAAGGUCCUCAUGAAUUUACACGAAACCCAACUGUUAAAUUACCUGAUACUGUUGACUGGCGUGAUAAAGGAUAUGUUACUCCUGUUAAAGAGCAAGGUCAAUGUACUUCAGAUUGGGCUUUUUCAGCAACUGGCUCACUUGAAGGUCAACACUUUAAUGCAACUGGCAAACUAGUUUCGCUUUCAGAACAAAACUUGGUCGAUUGUUCAGAUAAACAAGGUAACAUGGGUUGCGUUGGUGGGGAAGUCGAUCAAGCCUUUCAAUACAUUAAAGACAACGGUGGUAUUGAUACCGAAGACUCAUACCCAUAUGAAGACGACGAUAAUCAAUGCCGAUUCAAAGUAGAAAAUGUUGGUGCUACUGUUACUGGCUUCAUUAAUAUUCAAUCAAAAAAUGAAAGUGCUCUUCAAGAAGCUGUUGCUACCAUUGGUCCAAUCUCGGCUGCCAUUGAUGCUAGUCAUAACUCAUUUCAAUUAUACAAACAUGGUGUUUAUCACGAACCAUUCUGCUCACAAAUUCACCUUAACCUCGCCGUUCUUGUUGUAGGCUAUGGUACAGACUCUGGCAAAGAUUACUGGCUCGUCAAAAAUAGUUGGGGUGUAAACUGGGGUGAUCAAGGUUACAUCAAAAUGACUCGUAACAAACGCAACGAAUGUGGUAUUGCUACAUCUGCCAGCUACCCACUUGUUUAG